CGUGCUAACUACAAUUGCCAUAUACAUGCAAUUAAAAGGGAAAAAAAAACAUGUAGAUGGAGUGGCUUCGAGUUAUUUCUUUCGAGUUGAACCCUUUCUGUGACGUUUGUUUUAGUUUCUCGCGAGUCGCUGCCCGGAAAUUGCCAAGACUUGGUGAUUAAUUUGCCUCAGACCACGAUACGGAAAUCUUACCAUGGAAAUAUCCCCGGCUAAACUAUAUAUUUAAGGAUGCAUACGUAAUAAAUAUUGUACUACUUUCAUAUUCUCAUAACAUUGUUGGACAAUAAAAUGGGGUUCUACUAUGAAACUCGUUAGUUAGUCAUUUUUAGGAAUAUUAUUGUAUCGGGAUCUUCGCCAAAAUAAUAGUUAAGUCUUGACAGGCAGUGACACGCAAGAAAUUAAAAAAGUUAUUACAGGAGGAAACCAAAUUGAAAGUGACGCUGAAAAUCAUGAAUUUGGAAGUUAUACGAGGCUUUUUAGACCAAACAAACCCUGCUGCAAGGAUUCAGGCUAUCCAAUACUUUGAGCAACUGAAAGAUUCAGAAGAUGGAUGGAAGUUGUGUAUCAAUUUCUUGACUAGUGAUAACAAGCAACAAGAUACUGUUAAGUUUUUUUGCUUUCAAGUCAUAUCACAUUAUGUUAAAUACAAAUAUUCUUAUGCAGAGACAGGACAACAGCAAAUCAUAAGAGAGUUUCUGAAGCAUUGGAUUCAGCUACAGUGCUCAUCACCACAGCCGGACUCAGGCCUCAUUCUGAAUAAAGCUGCUCAGAUUAUUUGUAUUGUGUUUCUAGCUGAUUAUCCAACUCGCUGGCCAUUAUUUUUUGAUGAUAUAUUAGGCAUGCUAAAUCUUGGAAUGACUGCUAUAGAUAUUUAUCUCCGCAUCUUGUUAGACAUCAACUCUGAAAUUGCAGAUAGAGAAAUACCCCGCACUCAAAAGGAGAUGGAUGCCUUUACUCUUAUUAAGGAUACAAUGCGUGAAACCUGUGUAACUAAAUUGGUUGAUUCGUGGCAUCAUAUAUUGGUGACCUACCAAACUCUAAAUCCUGAUCUGAUCUGUUUGUGCUUGGAGGUGAUUGGGUCAUACAUAGCCUGGAUAGACAUCAAUCUCAUUGCAAAUGAACGCUUUGUUCAGCUUUUCAUCACCUUCCUAAUUUCUACUUCUCUCAGAGAAUCUACAUGCAAUUGUAUUAUUCACAUCAUAUCUAAAGGAAUGGAUCCUGGUGCUAAGGUUAAGCUUGUAGAGUCUUUUGUAACCGUUCUCAAACAAGCUGGAGUAUUGGAAUUUACUGGGAGUCCAGACGAUGAAGAUUUCAUGGUGAAACUAUCAUCUCUUGUUAAUGUAAUGGGCACAGCCAUUCUUAAUAGCUGGACUAGAUUACAAAAAGCUAAAGAUGCAUCUGGUAUGGCUGUUGCUGCUAAUGCAGUUCAUGACAAAGUUGAACUGUUGCUGAAAUUUCUGAGCAAUGAUGACGAUGAAGUCUCUCAAGGUGUCAUAGAGUUUACCAGAGAGUAUUUACAAUUCCUUAAAAAUAAAGUCAGUGCGGGUGUCUAUGGCCUCCAUGAUUCACCCAACGUUGAAAGUAUUUUAUACAUUGUUAUUAAUAAAUACAAGUAUGAUGCUUCGAUGGAUAUGAAUUAUGAGGGUCAAGAAGAGGCAAUGUUUCAAGAGUAUAGAAAAUCUCUUAAAGUUAUUUUUGACAACUUAGCAAUGCUGGAUUUAAAUUUAGUAUUUACGCAUACAAGAAAUAUAAUCACCAAUACUCUAAACCAGUGGAGAAGUCUUUCAUUUCAAGAAAUAGAAGUUGCAAUCACUUUUCUCUAUCUUCUAGGAGAAGUAUUACCUAAUUGCUUAGGAAGUUCCUCUCCAGCUUUUGCAGAAAAAAAGGCUGAAAUAAAUAAAAUGCUCCAUUUGCUCAUAACAACAGAUGUUAGUACUCAAGGGCAUUCAAUAGUAGUUCUACAAUUUUUUGAAACAGUUGUUCGCUUUGAAAAAUUCUUUGCUCAGGAGUCACAACAUAUACCCGAAAUUUUGUUUGCUUUUUUGGAUAACAGAGGGCUUAAAAAUAAAGAUCCUCAUGUAAGAAGUCGUGUAUCAUAUUUGUUUUCAAGAUUCAUCAAAUGCCUCAAGUCUCAAAUGUCUAAUUAUACAGAGGGUAUACUUAAAGAACUUGAAGAAUUGCUAGUUUUAGAUUCCCCAGUGAAUGGGAUUGGAUCUCUCUCUUCUGACGAUCAGCUCUACCUAUAUGAAACUGCAGCUAUACUAAUUGUUUCUGCUAAUUUUAGUCCCGAGACUAAGUUGGAAGCCUUGCAACGAUUGUUGAUGCCAGUUGCUGAGAAGUUCGCAACAUUGUUACAGAGCCUACCUACAACACCUGACGAACAUCGUAGGAGAGAGAUUGCUAAAUGCAUGAAUCAUGCCAUUGCUGUUACUAGUCGAACCAGCAAAGCUUUCUCUAAUCAACAAACAAUGAAAUCAAAUGGUUGUAUUGAAGUCUAUUUACAAGCCUUACAAGUUUUCUUGGGUGCCCUAAAUCUUCCAUAUGAGCAAGCAACAUUACAGUCUGCGGUUCGUCAAUAUCUUCAUAGGAUGGUUGUCUGUUUAGAAUGUGAGGUGUUGCCGUAUUUUCCCCUGGCUGCUGAACAGUUGCUCAAGACUUCAGACAUUCGGAGUAUCCAGGAAUUCAUUCCACUCAUCAAUCAAAUAAUUUGCAAGUUUAAAAAAGAUGUUGUACCAUUUGUUCAUCAAAUCUUCUUGCCUUUUGUGAGUGCCAUAUUCAAUGCUCUUUCCCUACCCAUUGAUGAAAAUGAUCAGCCCGCACAAAAUGAACGGCACUUGCUUCAACGAAGCUAUUUUCUCUUCAUUGCUGCUAUUGUCACCAACAAUAUUUCAGAGGUCAUAGUAUCACAAGAUACUCAGAAUUUUGAACGCAUUUUGCUUACUGUGAUACAAGGUGCAGUUGAUUUUCCAGAUCCUUUGGCGCAGAAAACGUGUUUUGGCAUCCUGAAGAAGAUGGUGGAAUUGUGGGGUGGAAGUGAGGCCAGUUUUGUGGAAUUCAUGUACAACCACAUUGUUCCUGCCUGCUUCAUGGCACCACUCAAAGACACUUUUGAUUUGAAUGAUGCACAGACUAUACUGGCACUCUCUGAGAGUGCCCUCUGCCUCAAAACUGUGCUCGAUGCGAGGGGUCAGGAGUUUGUGAAUUAUCUCGAGACUAGCUACCUCCCCACGCUACGCCUCUCACAUGAAAACAUACAACAAUAUUGUCACGCUUUGAAUUCUGAUCCUAAAGCUUUUAAGAACUAUUUAAAGUUUUUCUUCCAAAAUGCGAAGACGUAACAUAGGUGCCUACUAGUCUUGUUUAAAAAUUUGAUUACUUCCUGGAAGUGCUGAACUGUACAAAACUGUUGAACUUGUUGUUACAUAAUCACUUGAAAGUGAAUGAUUUUAUAUUUUUGUUAAAAAAUGUGAUAUGUCUGCUGUGUAGGAAGCAAACUUUAAUAGGCUCUGAUUUCUUAUGUUAGGACUUUAUACUAUUAAAAAACUGUUAUUUAUUUGCUCAAUAUUUAUGCAACUUAAAGCUUCUGUACUGGUUUCUUGAUUCAUAAUUUAAUUUGUUACUUUUAUUAUAAUUAAACAAUAUUAUUCUACAUUGGACUGAUUAUUGCAAACAUUGUUUAAAUGCAAAAUUACAAGUAUUUUGUUAAAUGAAAAAGAACAUUUUUUACAGGUUUUAAAUCAAAUACAAGAUAACAAAUAUUAAAUGUCCCGUAGUGGACUGAUCGUCGAGACACGGUUCACAGCAUAUCACCAAAGUCAAGCGUCACUGGCUGCUGUCAGUGUGCAUGUGGGUGACCACUCGGAUCAGUCUGCGUAGGUACCGAGGGUGUCCUCCUGAUUAAACUGUUCUACCGUAAAGUACUCGACUUCGCGUGCAGGUCGUCGGGGGUGCCAUCCCCUCUGCAGAGGAUCAAAAUGGCGGAUCAUCCUCAGGGAUGUUUCCCAGACCGUCACUUAAAACCCAUUGUGCAGCUCUAGUGCGACGUUAAUGAACUACAACUAGAUUAAGAAGUACAGGAUAUCAUCAUAUUUGGCCAGCCAAUCACUCCUUUUUCGACUGAUGUUGACACAAAAAUUUUCUUUGUUGGAAAUAUACGAUAUAACGGUCCCAAAUUUAUAUACUAAUUUUGACAGGAAAAAUAAAUUAAAAGCAAUACUAAACAAGACAUAUUUUAGUAAUUUUUUCAGUUAUCAAAAAAUAUAAUUACUUCAGCUCGUAAGAAAAUAUUUUUGGAAUUAAUCCCUCCUCCAAAUUACUUAUGAAACUUCAAAUGGCUUGAAAGUUUUUCGGAAAUAUUUAGAAAAAAGCAAUAGUUGUUUAUAAUUCUUGUGAUUUUUACUUAAUAUAUGUGGUAAUCACAUUCCCCCGUAAUAUGGAUAGAUAUUUUGAUAUCUUUGAGAAGUUUUUUGGGCUACAAAAUGUUAAAAGAUUAAAAACCAUAAUAAAAAUAUUCUGUUGUGACAUUGUAGAUCAUAUUAUUGUUUAUAAUUUUAUGUAUACAAACUGGAAAUCAGAUAAAUAGGUUUCAUUGUAUUUAUGAAACAAGGUUUACAUUUAUUCUAACAUGUGAAGCAUGCAGUGUUGCAUGUUUAACAGUUAUCAUUGUAACUCCAAUAAAGAGUCUUUCUUUGAACCUUUUAUAUAACACACUUUUUAAGAUCUUUGGAAGAAAUUAUUUCACCAACUAAUUGUGAAGACACGAUUCCUAGUCCAAAGUCAAGCAUCACUGGGUGCGAUCACUUUGAUUAGCCUUAUAUAUCGUUCUACUGUGGAGUGCUCGACCUCAGGUUGCCGGGCUACCAUCCCCUCUGCAGGGGAUCAAAAUUGCGAUGGCAUGUCUUCAUAUCAUCCUCUGAGAUGUUUCCCAGACCGUCGCCAAUAGCCCAUUGUGUAACUCUCAUACGACGUAAAUAAAAUACCUACCGGCAUUGGUAAUUGUAACUCCAAUAAAAAGUCUGACUUUUGUA